AUGCCUCCUCUACCGAUGGAAGAGUACCAGGUGGGCUGGGUGUGUGCCCUCCCCAAAGAGCUGACCGCCGCCCGAGCCAUGCUGGAUGAAGAACAUGAACAAUACAAGAGUCAAGUGGCCCACGAUAACAACAGCUAUGUGCUGGGACGGAUCCAUGGUCACAAUGUUGUGAUUGCAUGCCUACCUGCAGGAGUGUACGGUACGGUCUCGGUGGCGACCGUGGCCAAUAACAUGUUGAGGACGUUUCCCGCAAUCCGGUUCGGUCUCAUGGUGGGCAUUGGAGGUGGGAUCCCAAACUCAAACAAGGGCGUGGACAUCAGACUAGGCGAUGUGGUGGUCAGUCAACCUGAUGGUACGCAUGGUGGCGUAGUGCAAUACGACCUCCGAAAGAAUCUAGGCGACGGUGUGUUUGAGCGUAAGAGCGUUUUGCGACCGCCUCCGACGCUCCUCCUGACCGCACUCGCCAACCUCCAAUCACAACACCAAAUAUAUGGCAAUCGGAUCUCGGAGACUCUUUCCGCAAUGAUCCAGCGAUUACCACGAUUGGCCAAGGUAGGAUAUGUGCAUCCUGGUCCCGAGAAAGAUAUAUUAUUUUGUAGCAAUGUCGAAGGCCAUCAAAGAGGGGACAAUUGUACCCAAUGCCAGAACGGGGUCAUCGACCGAAAGCCUCGUGAAGAUCAAAGUCCGGAGGUCCACUACGGGGUCAUUGCUUCAGGAAACGAAUUGAUGAAGAAUGUUGUCGAAAGGGAUCGGCUGGGCCGGGAAUUUGGCGCCAAGUGCGUUGAAAUGGAGGCAGCUGGAUUGAUGAAUGAUUUUCCCUGCAUUGUCGUGCGAGGGAUCUGCGACUAUGCCGAUUCUCAUAAGAACGAUGUAUGGCAGGAAUAUGCGGCGGUCACCGCAGCGGGGUUGGCCAAAGAAUUGCUGUCGAUUGUUAAGCCAGCAGAUGUGACCAUUGUCAAACAGGCUACAGAGGUGAUGAAAUAUAACCGCGGUCUCAACCUCUAUGAUGCUCCUGAUAUGAGCGAGGGUCUUUUCAUUGGUCGAGAGACAGAGAUUCAACAGAUGGAAUCGAUCUUGCAGCCUCAGUCAGACACACUCGGUUUAAGCAGAAAGGCGCUCGUUCUCGGCGGCAUGGGUGGGAUCGGCAAGACUCAAUUGGCUAUCACUUAUGCCAAACGACAUCGGACCUGCUAUACGUCCAUCUUCUGGCUGAAUGCCACCUCUGAGGUCAGCCUUAAGACGAGCUUGCGGAACGUAGCCUAUCGAGCGUUGCCUCCAGAGACUAUUAACAAGCUUAACGAUGAGCAGAUUUAUAUCUAUGUCUCCAACUGGCUCUCUGAGCACGAAAACACUCGAUGGCUGCUUAUAUUCGACAACUACGACGAUCCCGAUCAAUAUCAGCUCCAGAAAUACUACCCAUUCGUCGCCCACGGCUCAGUCAUCGUGACCACUCGACAGCCGGGUCGAGUUAACGGAGAAAAGGUUAGAGUUCGAUCUAUGAGCAAGGAAGACGAAAGCCUUCGCAUUUUGGCCACUCGGUCAAGACGAGGCAAUGUGGAAUCCGACCCGGAUGCUCGACAACUGGCCCAGAGACUGGACGGACAUCCCUUAGCUCUGGCCACGGCUGGAGCCUUUUUGAGCCAGUCUUCUGUCAGCUUUGGCCAGUAUCUCUGGCAAUAUGAAGCCAAGUGGAAAGUGAUUGACUCUAUGGAGGAGUUAUCCGACUAUCCUUCGCGCACACUUUAUAGUACGUGGAAUUUAUCGUUCAUGGGAGUGGAACAACAGAAUCCGCGAGCAGCGCAUCUCUUACAAUUCCUGGCGUAUUUGGACCACCAGGAUAUCUGGUUCGAACUCUUGCAUGGCGGCCAACGAGAAGAUCAACCUGCGUGGUUUACCGAACUAGCGGGCGAUGAGUUUAUGUUUGAGGACGCCAUGCGCGUACUCGUCCGAUACUGCCUCGUGGAGACGCAUCAUCAGACUGGGUCAUAUAGUCUUCACACGUGUGUGCACGACUGGACGUUGGACGGGUUGAACCAUCAGAUUGACGCGAGGCGAUACUGGCUGGCGUUUGACUGUGUUGCCAGCCAUGUUAGUGCGGACGACUGGGAGCAUCUGUCUGCGAUUCGAUAUCAGCGCACGCCAACAGAACUUCGUAAGAAGUCGAUUAAAGUCAAUGAUGGACUUAGCAGAGCUCCUUCGGCGGCGAGUGCAGUACGAUGCAGCCGAGCAAAUGUACUCGCGGGCGCUGGCCGGGUACGAGAAGGCGCUGGGCGGGGACCACACGUCGACCCUCAACACCGUCAACCAUCUCGGCCUUCUAUACUUUGA